AUGCUUCGACUACUCGUUUUUCUGACGUUAUUCGGGGUGACGUUGUCGAUACAGUGCUAUCGGCAGACAUCAUUGCCGACCUUGGAAAAGGGCGAUUCGGUGGAAUGUGCAGCGGGCUGUGACUUCUGCGUCACUCACAGAAUCAUCAAGCUUUCCGGAACUCAGAUGGAACGUCACUGCGGCUGUGGUGACCCCAGCACACUUCUCGGCUCGCUGGUCAACUGCAAGGGCGAGGGUGUGUUCCCCAUCCAACUCAAAGACGCGACAAUCACGAAGAGUUGCUGCCGAGGAGCCUUCUGCAAUGGCGUCAAUGUCGACCCGCCUGCACCCGUUGUGGAUGUUGAUCCACUUCCGGACGUAAAGCCCCUACCUGACCUCAAGCCGCUGCCCACAGUACUUCCGGUCCGGCCGUGGCCGAUCUUGGACCCAAAACGAACCCUGCCCCCAAUCCCCAUCAUUGUCCCGACCGUUGUCACAAUUAUUCCUCCUCCGCUGGGAGGAGCAGCCGGAUCCAUGUCCACUUUUUUCACAUUCUUCGCCGUCUUGCUCGCCGUUUUGAACUAU